GUGUGGACCACUACAACGAGGUGAAGAAGAUCACCAUCUGCGAGUACCUGCCCCCCCACGUGGUGGUCUACGUGGAUGCGCCUGUGUCCGAGAUCCAGAGCCGCAUUCAGAAGAAGGGAGACCCGCACGAGAUGAAGGUGAGCCCGGCCUACCUGCAGGACAUCGAGCAAGCCUACAAGACGACCUUCCUGCCCGAGAUGAGGUGCGUCUGCGCCCGCGCCUGGGCCCGGCGGCUCCCCGGGAGCGGCCUUCG